AUGGUGAUGGCACGCAGUUCGCAGCAUGGGAACGCACACUCUGGUCACACUUGUAAUCCGCGCGCUCACCGCCUUUCUGGCUGUGCAUUCGGCUCCAUUGCCGGCAUCGUUUACAUUGUAAACGAUCUCAACAAUUUUUACGACGAAUCCAUGGAAAACCUCAACGAUUUCAAGGACGUCGCCGACUCUACGUGGCAGAAGAUGUUGCCCAACGCUGCAGAACUUAGUCGAGAAAGCAGAAAUAAAGAGCAUUCCCUCGUUAGAGCAGUCCAAACCACCAAGCCUAUUCAGAGCGAGCCUGGGCCACCAGGAGCAGAUGGACCUCCAGGUCCUGCUGGUCCUAGCGGUAACCCUGGAACUCCCGGUAGUGCAGCAUAUGGCAUCGGCUUACCAGGCACACCUGGACCACCCGGUGACAGUGGAGCUCCAGGAGCUCCCGGGACACCGGGAUCCCCGGGACAGCCUGGCAUGGGAGGACGAUCUGGAAGCCCAGGAAGACCUGGACCACCAGGACCACCUGGGCCAGCAGGAACACCCGGACAACCAGGACAAGAUGGAGCUCCAGCAGGUCCCGGAACACCAGGAGGUCCUGGACCAACUGGACCAGCCGGAAACCCUGGAACUCCUGGUACCAAUGGUCAGCCUGGACCACCAGGUGGACCAGGAGAGGUGGGAAGCGACGCCGAAUAUUGCCCAUGUCCAGCAAGAGGUUCUUCUGCUGCUUCUGCUGCAUCUGCUGUACACUCAGACACUAGUUCAACGGCCGACAACGGAGCGCCUUCGAGUGGAGGAUACCAAAAGCUUGUUGCUCGCCGUCUAUUCGGAUUGUCGAGAAGGAUCGUCAAAGCAUAA